UGACCUGGCCCUUUCUCAACUGUAAAGAUAAUCUUACCAGUUAUAUCUCAGUACAUUACAUUUCUGGUAUGUCAGCUGCUAACAUAGUUUCACUUUGUCAUUUUCUGCGUUACACUUUUUUUCUUUUUUUGAUAGCAGUGGCAUAAUUUCUGUCCGUGGUUGUGGAUUCAUAGAGUGGGUGACUUUGGGAAAUUGGAUCUUCAGACUUAGCAGCUCUCAUGUCCCUGAUUUACCUUAGUUCCGCUGUAGUGUUAUUUCCUCUGAAUUAUGUAUGGAAUCGUUUUUUUUUUAAACUCAAGUGCUCCCACAUAAGCUUAACACUUGUUUUCUGGUUUUGCAAUUUUGGUCUGGUCAGCGUUGCUCUGUAACCGCAGUAAUUGUCACUGUCUUACAAGGCAGAGUGUCCCCUGAUUCUGGCAAGCAGUUCCCCCUUUCUCUCCUCUCCUCUCUCCUUUCCCCUGAGCUCAAUGCAAUGCACAUGUUCUGCAGUCUAAGUGACCUUCAGAAUACAUCUCAUCUGCUCCAGUCCUUCUCCCCGCAUCACUUUCCUCCCAUCGCCCUGUGAUGAAACUGCCUCCCUUACUAGAUUUUAUUUUAUUUAUUUAGAACCACCUCCAAGAAGCUCCUUGAAAAGCUCUCUUACAGACACCCAUGGCAUAUUAACGAGGAUAAAAGAUGGCGUGUCAGAAGUGAAGUGUGAGUUUUGUUGAGGAUGGGUAUGUUUUAACAGCAAGGGGUGAAAUAAUAGUGCAAAUGUUGGGUGUUAAUGUAUGUUGGGGUGGGAGGGGGUUAGAAAUACUAAUAGAGAGUCAGGCCUGUGAAUACUGCAGCCUCAGCUGGAUGCAGUAGAUCAGCUACCCCCUCCAUCCCCAUCUCAUUUGUCUUCUGUCAGCUUCUACCCCUUGUACUGUCCGCCCCUCCCCCUCUAUACUCUUGCCUCUCCCUCCCUCUCUCAACCUCACUCUCUCUCUCUCUCUCUCUCUCUCUCCCUCUCCCUCUCUCUCUCCCUCUCUCUCUCUCUCUCUCUCUCUGUGCACCUCUAGCUUUGGUAGUCUUGAGCAUCCUUGCUGCUGCUGAUGCUGCUAUAAAUAUCCGCUGCUAGCCGUAGCGCAGCAGAGAGCAGCAGGCAGGCCAGAGGGAGGAGCAGGAGACCGGAGGACAGGACAGCACAGGACAGGACAGCAAGGACAGGACGUCUGAGGCAGAGAGGAUAACAAGAUGUCAGGUGGUAGAGCCCGAAGAAAGAGAAGAGAGGAGAAGAGAGGAGAGGAACUGCUUAGUUAGCUUUAGGAAAGAAAGUGUGUGUGUUUGUGUUUAUGUGCUUUGUGUCAUUGGCCUCUGCUGGACUUUGAAGUCAAAUGUUGGCCUAAACUUGAGGUAGCCUUUACUGGAGCUGUGCUAGAGCUGCACCAGGUGGGAUUGAGUUAACACAGAGACAGUGGGAGAGUGAGAGACGAGAGCUGGACCUUACUUCCCAUACUUGAAAACUCAGGAUCUGCAUGCGACACACCGGAACCAGACCUUGUCCAGGCUGCUGGCCCUUUAGUUUCACAUGGUCAUGUGGGCCGGCGUGGGCCGGGGUGGGGCUGAGAUGUCAUGCUCCUGUGUUGCUGGUGGUGCCUGAGGCCAGAGGCAGUGGAGCUGGACAGCAGGAGGGUGGACCACCGUGUCUUGAACUGUGAGGUCGCUGCUUCUACCACCAUCACAGCUGUUUCCCUUGAACAGUGGGAGCCAGAAACGACCAGCAGUGGCUUACAGCCAAUUCAGAGUGUGAAGAAUUCAAGCUAUAGUCUGCCGUCCUACCACCCCUACAGUAACAGUUACGACUACUCGGACCAUGGCAGACAGAGUGAGCGCUCAGGCCUCUGUGGACUCUCCAACCUGGGCAACACCUGUUUCAUGAACUCUGCAGUGCAGUGUCUCAGUAAUAUCCCUCCAUUGACGGAGUACUUCCUCAAAGACAAAUACACGGACGAGCUGAACGAGGACAACCCGCUGGGAAUGAAAGGAGAGAUUGCCAAGGCCUAUGCUGAGCUUAUCAAGCAGCUGUGGUCGGGCAAAUUCAGCUAUGUCACCCCAAGGCCUUUCAAGACCCAGGUGGGCCGCUUUGCCCCUCAGUUCUCAGGCUACCAGCAGCAGGACUCUCAUGAGCUGUUGGCCUUUCUCCUGGACGGCCUUCACGAGGACUUGAACCGCAUUAGGAAGAAGCCCUACAUCCAGCUAAAGGAUGCUUACGGCAGGCCCGACAAGGUGGUAGCGGAAGAAGCGUGGGAGAGCCACAUCAAGAGAAACGACUCAAUCAUCGUGGACAUCUUCCACGGCCUUUUCAAGUCCACCCUGGUGUGUCCUGUGUGCUCCAAGGUCUCUGUGACCUUCGAUCCUUUCUGCUACUUGACUCUGCCACUUCCUAUGAGGAAGGAGCGGACACUGGAGGUCUAUCUGGUCAGACUCGACCCUCUGGCCAAACCCACUCAGUACAAGCUGACUGUGCCUAAGGUGGGCUACAUAUCUGACCUGUGUACCUCCCUCUCCAGCUUGUCUGGAGUUCCCGCUGAGAAGAUGAUUGUAACUGACAUCUACAACCACCGUUUCCAUCGGAUCUUUGCUACCAAUGAAAACCUCAGCAGCAUCAUGGAGAGAGAUGAUAUCUAUGUAUUUGAGUUGGCGGUGAACAGGGUGGAGGACACGGACCAUGUCGUGAUCCCAGUUCACCUGAGGGAGAAGUACAAACAGUCGGGCUACAACCACACCAGCACGCCGCUGUUCGGACAACCGUUCCUCAUCGCUGUGCCCAGAACCCUCAGUGAAGACAAACUAUAUAACAUGCUGCUUGUGCGCCUCUGCCGGUUCGUGCGAUCUUCAGUUGAGGAAGAUGAGGAGGACUGCGAAGAGACGCAGCCAUCGAAACCACACACUGUCAAUGGUAAUGCCACUAAUGGAGUUCUGGAGGAGGGUUCGCCAAGUGAAAUGGAGACUGACGAGCAGGACGACGAGUCCAGUCAGGACCAGGAGCUGCCCUCCGAGAACGACAACAGCCAAUCGGAGGACUCUGUGGGCGGGGACAAUGAACUGGAGAACGGCGUGGUCGGCCCACAGAACUCCACCAAAUGCCAGCAGACGGCCGAGCACAACAACAAAAAGAGACUUUUUACAUUCCAGUUCAAUAACAUGGGCAAAACGGACUUUUCGCUCAUCAAGGAGGACACCAGGCAGAUCCGCUUUGACGAGGGACAUCUCCGACUCAGUGACCGCUCUUAUCUCUCCUUGGACUGGGAACCAGAGAUCAAGAAAAAGUACUUUGAUGAGACCGUUGUCGAGGACUUUGACAAGCAUGAAAGCAUGGAGUACAAGCCCCAGAAGAAGGCUUUCUUCAAGCUUAAGGACUGCAUUGAGCUGUUUACCACCAAGGAAAAACUAGGAGCAGAGGACCCAUGGUACUGUCCUAACUGUAAGCAGCACCAACAGGCCACUAAAAAGUUGGACCUGUGGUCUCUGCCGCCGGUGCUGGUGGUCCAUCUGAAGCGCUUCUCUUACAGCCGCUAUAUGAGGGAUAAACUGGACUCUCUUGUUGAUUUCCCACUGAGAGAUCUGGACAUGUCUGAGUUCCUGAUCAACCCCAACGCGGGGCCGUGUCGCUACGACCUCAUUGCCGUUUCUAACCACUAUGGAGGAAUGGGUGGAGGCCACUAUACUGCUUAUGCUAAGAACAAAGACGAUGGAAAGUGGUACAACUUUGAUGACAGCAGCGUGUCUCCUGCCAGCGAAGAUCAAAUAGUGUCCAAAGCUGGUUACGUGUUGUUUUACCAGCGGCAGGACACGGUGAAAGGCACAGGCUACUUUGCUCUUGACCGAGAGGAGGAGGAGGAGGAGGAGGAAGAGGAAGAGGAGGGAGAGGGAGAGGGAGAGGGAGAGGAGGAGGAGGAGGAGAACGAGAAUGAGAAUGAGAAUGAGAACGAGGCGGCGGAGGAGAAGAGACGGGAGAGAAAGACCACCUCCUCCACGCAGUGUGCCUCGUCAGCUGCUGCUGCUGCUGCUCAGAACAAUGAGGAGGACCUUUACGAGAGCGCAUGCAGGAAAAAUGACAACGACAACGAGCAGGGAGACGAUGAGGAGGAAGAUGGCGACGAGGAGGAGGAGGAAGAGGAGGAAGAGGAGGAGGAGGAGGAGCCCAAUCGGGAUGUCACCAUGAAAACCAACUGAAGUUGACACGCGGGACAACGGAUAAAUGGAGAGAUGGAUGCUGGAAUCUUUCCAUCCAAAGCCAUAUGGACACUCAGCAUGGCAGCGGGCGGCAUCAGUUCCACUCUGUGGCUCAGACUCGGCCGCUCCACAGGCGGAGCCAAUGUGUUUUAGGUCAGGGAGCUGCUGCGGUACACAGUACACUCUAAGAAAUCAGGGCCCUCCUCUGUGGUUGGAUCACGGUGUUUGUGUGUGUGUGUGUGCGCGUGUGUGUGUGUGUGUUUGUGUCGCCAAGUCUGUCCGUUUGGGAAUUGCUCACUAAAUACCACCGGGGAUGGAUUUUGAGGUGACUCCGUACGUUAGUGCAGCACUCUGAACCUCCCACUGCUUUUUGUGUUCCUUUGUUAAAUUUUUUACAUAAAUAUAUUUAUAUAUUUCAGAGCAAUGCAUUGUUGGCAUAUCAUUUUAGUAUCAUUUAGAGAUUUUUGUAAAUAUUUUAGACACUGAAAUCAUUUUGGGGGUUGUCGGGAUGUGCGGAAAUGUUUUUGAAAAUUGCACAAUCACCAACCAUCCACCUUUUUUUGUUUAUUUCAUGUAUUAUUGCCAGACACACUGCAUUUGUUUAACAAUGAUGCUGUCUCUCAGAGGGUUUUCUCACAUAAAGAAGCUUAGGAAGCUGCCUUUAAUAAGCCAGUGGUGAGAUGCGUGUGCAGUCACACUUAACGUAAAGAAGUGAUGCCUGUAUUUGUGUGGUUUUAUAGAGUUAAACAGCUUUGUGCUGCUGCUGCUGCUGCUGCUGCUGCUGUGGUCUUAUAGUUUUAGACAGUUGAGUACUUCGUUCACAGGCUCAUACCUUAGUAAUUUAAGGCUGUGCUAAUGUUGUCUUUCGCUCUGGUCUUGUGUGCUAAUAACACAUUUUUUUAUACCCAAAAUAAAGCAGGGUAACUUUUUUAACCAGCAGACUUUGCAGUGUAAGGAUACAGAUUGUAUUUGUGCAUAUUCAGCUGCAAACGUGAAUCAGGAGAAGUUGUUUCAGAAUGUCCUAGCAUUCAAAUUUCUGUCUCGAUGAUCUCCACAUAGCAGGCAGCAGUUGUGGACACAAAUCUUCCCUUCAGCACUCCCCCUCUCAUUAUACUUUGUAAUUCGUUUUCAAAGCUUUACCUUGGCUCUGCACUCUCUCUGAGGCACUGUGAGAUUGGGAACAUUGGUGAUUUCGCUGACAUCAGAUGCAUUGUCUGUUUGGAUCACCUCGGCCUUAACUCUUAAUCUCGGACCAGUUGCCUUUUGCUUUGCACAUCACGGUUGCGCAGUCUUUCUUGCAUUUCCUCUUCCAAACCGCAAACUCUGUAUAAAAAUGGACGUAGUCUACUGUUUGCAAAGCAAAACUCUCAUUUUGAAGCCUAAAGAGUUGACCGGUGCAAUGAUCGCUUUAUGAAACACGGAUGCCACCUGCAACCAGUUACCUAUUGGGACAGUACCAGCUGUCGAUCACACUGGUGUCCAACUCGUAUGUGCCAUGCUUUAUCGUCCAUGUUGCUCUAUAUAAUCAUGUUCCAGUGAAGACGACCUGCAACUACAAAUUAAAGAUCAUUGACAUUAGGCUCGUGUUCCCACAGACGUCCUUUCAAAAGGACUUCUUUUUGCGAACAGCGGAGUCGCCCCCUGGUGGCUAACUUCCCCGGGCUUCACUUUCCAAAGCGGAAAGCUACGUCUAUUUUUAUAUACAGUUUUCUAUUCCAAACACACAAUCACACGAGUAUGAAUGUCUGUAUUUGCUUGUUAUAUCGCAGCCACGUCAUCCUGCAGGGCUUUUUGUUUGUUUUUAUAAAAGCCACAUGAGGGCCAGAAUAUAUGCUAAAUGGAAUGAACACUGACCAGAUGUAUGUGGUUGAUGAUGCCUUUUGAGUCUUUACAGGGCCAGAUCUGUUUUUCAUUUCCCCCCCUCUUCUGUCUUUCAUGGCUCCCUCUCUCGGUUUGGAUGAAUGUGACGGUAAAUGGGGUUUCCUCGCCUUUGAUACUCGCUGUAUGCAUUAAUGGGUACUGCUGAAUGUGUCUCUUUACAGAAAGGGACAAAUAAAUGCUUGUCUGAGGUCUUUGAGGAUGUGGAGGAAAAAGGGGGAGACAAACUGAAAACUGAGGGGUGGGUCUGCCCAAAAGGCCUCGGGAUCAUGACACAGUGAAAUUAUUUUGUGGCAGGGUUGUUGCAGGGUAUUCUUCCAUCUAUGUAGCUCAUGAUUGAAUGUUGAUGUUUUAUUUUUCUACCCGUUCUUUCCAUUGUAAACAACAUUAGCAUACCUGCUGUUGCCUCAGAAUAUUAGACGUGUACCAUCUCUCUCUCUCUCGCCGCGCUUUCACCUUGGUGGGCUCCAUCGCCGUGGCGCCGUCUCUCUUUUUGGGCGACUCACCCCAUCCUGACUGUGUGAGAUGUGAUUGCUACUAUAGAGUUAUACAAUACUGUACAUAAGAGUUCACUCUGUGAGUGCACAUUUGAUAAAGUUUAUUUAUUUAUAUGUAAGCAUUUAAUAAUAAACAGACAAUAUAUUUAAGCCUCGGCAAGACCCGAUAUGUCGGGGGAGAAAAACGUGGAUUUCGGUCCACACGUACACACCAAUUCGGAAAGUCUUGCCUGUGCUGUUGUCAGGGAGGGAAUAUUUAAAAAGAAAAAGGAUGGUUCUGAUGUUUUGGGACUUUUUUUGUAGAAAAGAAAUAAUGGAAAAAUAAAUAAAAAAAACAACAAUAAUCCAGACAUCCUUGCAUGAUGAUGACAUAACGAGGGUUUCCAGAUUUUGCUGCACUUGAGUUCACUUGGGUUUACAUUUGAAAUGUGCAUGUGUAUUUAUACACAAUCUUCAGUAAAGAUGUGUAAAGCUU